UCCACUCUUUUCGCUCGUUUUUCAAAUUCCUCCUGAAAUAACAUUUCGUCCAAACUUUAUGAGGCACAUUUUCCCCGCUGUACGGAAUACUAAAGGCUAUAAAGAUGUCUGCUCCCUUGACAACCGGCUUAUUGGCGCGGCCAUUUUUCUUUCCAACCAAGUAAAAUCAUUGUAAUCAAAAUAAUUUUGGCUACUAAUGCCGAUGGCUUCAAAAAGAGCUACUGCGCAUGAGCAAGUAUAGUGCGUGACAGUAACCAAGGCGGGGUGAAGGACGAAAAAGUGGCUAUCAGAGAAGUUAUGACUGAUUUUGGAAACAUCAAAGAGACUUUGCCAGAGUAAGAAUUCGGAUUUAAGAUCAGAGCAGUGGGAAAAGGAGGGCAGAGUUACCGCGAGCGGAAGAGGUCUGGUAUUCUACGGGCGGAGUGACACAGGCGAGUGUGGACUCUCUAAAGACGCGAAUUUACUCACUAUAGCGUGGCCAUUUUACCAGCUGGCAUUUGUGGAUUUCUGGCCUGGUGAUUUGGUGAACUUUCAAUCUGGGUAUUCCUUGCCAUCCGCAGCUCUCCUCUUUUCUCCUCCUCCCUAUCAACAGCUCUGCCUUUUUAGGCUUUUGCCUUCUCUCCACAACAGUCAGACAUGACUAAGUUCCGGGGAUCAGUGUCAUUUGAGGAUGUGGCCGUGGACUUCACACAGGAGGAGUGGAAUCAACUGGACCCUACUCAGAGGACCCUAUACAGAGAUGUCAUGCUAGAGAAUUAUAGCCACCUUGUCUCUCUGGGAUAUCCUAUUACCAAGCCAGAUGUGAUUACUUCUUUGGAGCAGGGAGUCCUUGGGAUCAUAAAGAAAGAAAUCCCAAGUUCAGUUUGUACAGAAGAUGAGAAAGCUGAAGACCAGCUGGAGAAGCACCAGGAAAAUCAAAACAGAUACCUGAGGCAAGCUAUAUGCAUUGAUGAGAAGAAAUAUGUGGCCAAGGAAGGAGGUCACGAAUGUGAUGGAUUUGUAAACCCACUUCCUCAGGGCACAUGGGUAGUUUCUUCAGGACAUACACCCUAUAUAAAUGACUCAUGUGGUAAAACAUUUAAGGAUAAUCUGGGUCUACUCAGUCCUAAUAGUCUCAGCUUUGCAGCACAGCAGUGUUACGAAUGUAAUGGAUGUGGAAAUUUAUUAAUUCAUGGCAGGCAUGACAUGAAUAGUGGAAUGAAACCUCAUGACUAUAAUAUUUGUGGGACAGACCAUAGUCAUAACUUUGUUCAGCAUGAUAUGACUCAGGCUAGUGAGAAAACCUAUGAAUGUCCCGAGUGUAGACUGACCCUCAGUACAAAUUCACUCCUUAUUGUUCAUCAGAUCACUCACAUAGGAGAAAAACCUUAUGAAUGUACAGAGUUCAGAGACACAUUUGACAAGACCACACACCUCAGUAUACACCAGACGAUGCACACAGGAGACAAGCUCUUUGCCUGUAAUGAGUGUGGCAAAUCAUUCAGAGAAGAAUCCACACUGCAUAUACAUCAAAGAACUCAUACAGGGGAAAAACCAUAUGUGUGUGCUGAGUGUGGCAAAGCAUUCCAAGAAAAGACAAAGCUAAUCAUACACCGGAGAACUCACAAAGGAGAGAAGCCCUAUAAAUGUUCAGAUUGUGAGAAAACCUUCAACCAGAAGGCACACCUCAGUGUACAUCAGAGAACACACACAGGGGAGAAGCCUUUUGAAUGCAGUGAUUGUGGCAAAUACUUCAGAGAGAAAUCAACCCUGAAUAUACAUCAAAGAACUCAUACAGGAGAGAAACCAUAUUUGUGCAAUGAGUGUGGCAAAGCCUUUCGAGAGAAGACAAAGCUCAUCAUACACCAGAGAACGCAUACGGGAGAGAAACCCUAUGAGUGUUCAGAGUGUGGGAGGGCAUUCAACCAGAAAGCACACCUCAGUGUACACCAGAGAACACACACAGGGGAGAAACCUUUUGAGUGCAAUGAGUGUGGCAAAGCUUUCAGAGAGAAAUCAACACUACGCAGACAUCAAAGAAUUCAUACAGGAGAGAAACCUUAUGUGUGUCCAGACUGUGGUAGAGCCUUCACCUUAAAGUUGAGCCUCAGUGCUCAUCAGAAAAUUCAUACAGGAGAAAAAACAGAUGGAUGUACUGUAUGUGGAAAAGUCUUCUCUCGGAAGUCGUAUCUCAUGCUACAUCAGAGGUCUCACACAGGAGAAAAAUUUGAGAAAUCCUAUGAAUGCAAUGAAUGUGACAAAGCAUUCUUCCAAAAAUCAUAUCUCAUUAUUCAUCAAAGAGUUCACACAGGCGAGAAACCCUAUGAGUGUAAUGUGUGUGCAAAAGCUUUCUCCCAAAAAUCAUAUCUCAUUAUACAUCAAAGAACUCAUACAGGAGAGAAACCCUACAAAUGUGAUCAGUGUAGCAGAGCCUUCAGAGAGAAGUCCAAACUCACUGUACACCAGCGAAUUCACAUAGGAGAGAAACCUUAUGAAUGUAAUGAAUGUGGAAAAGCCUUCACUCAGAAGUCAAACCUCAUUGUCCAUCAGAAAACCCACACAGGAGAAAAAACGUAUGAAUGCACUAAAUGUGGAGAAUCCUUCAUACAGAAGCUUGAUCUAAUUAUUCAUCAUAGUACUCACACAGGAAAGAAACCCCAUGAAUGCAAUGAAUGCAAGAAGACUUUCAGUGACAAAUCAACCCUCGUUAUACACCAGAGAACACACACGGGAGAGAAGCCUCAUAAAUGUACUGAAUGUGGGAAGUCUUUCAAUGAGAAGUCCACCCUCAUUGUGCACCAGAGGACCCACACAGGAGAGAAACCCUAUGAAUGUGAUGUGUGUGGAAAAACUUUCACCCAGAAGUCAAACCUGGGUGUACAUCAGCGAACUCAUUCAGGAGAGAAACCCUUUGAGUGUAAUGAAUGCGAGAAGGCCUUCUCUCAGAAAUCCUAUCUCAUGCUACAUCAGAGAGGCCACACAGGAGAGAAGCCAUAUGAGUGCAGUGAAUGUGAAAAAGCAUUUUCCCAGAAGUCAUAUCUCAUUAUCCAUCAAAGAACUCAUACAGAAGAAAAACCCUAUAAAUGUAAUGAAUGUGGCAAAGCCUUCCGAGAAAAGUCAAAGCUCAUUAUACAUCAAAGAAUUCACACAGGAGAGAAACCAUAUGAAUGUCUUGUAUGUUGGAAAGCUUUCAGCCAGAAGUCCCAGCUCAUAAUCCACCAGAGAACACACACAGGAGAAAAGCCCUAUGCUUGCACAGAAUGCGGCAAAGCCUUUAGGGAAAAGUCAACAUUCACUGUGCAUCAAAGAACUCAUACUGGAGAGAAGCCCUAUAAAUGUACAGAAUGUGGGAAAGCCUUUACCCAAAAGUCCAACCUUAUUGUUCAUCAGAGGACCCACACUGGAAAGAAGGCCCAUGGGAGAGGUCACACCUGGAAGUGAAAGCUCACUGGGCAUUAGAUAGUAAAGCAGCAGCAUCUGCUGUGUACCCUGAGGGAAAUUUGUGUCAAUUUAAGGUUUUCAAAGUGUGUCCUAACCUUUGAUUUAAACAUAGGCAGUUAAAUUAUCCUUUCUUCUUUUUUAUCCUGGUCUUCACCCAAAAGCAAUAGGAGAAAAAGAAGAAAUGGAAUCUCCAUAUCUGACAAAGCAAGGAGAUUAGCUGCAACACUGCCAGAACAGGCAGUGAAGUGCCUGUGCAAGAGAUUUCAGGUCCACAGACGCAAGGCAGGAUGGGUAAGGACUCUUAGAUAAAGGUUGAGCAAGAUAUACCUUAAAGUGCAAGGCCCUGGGCAGCUCGGUAACGGGGUGCAUAGGCAGAUGAGGCAUAUCCUUAAGUAUUUGGGGUCUGAGGAGAAACAGGCCUCUUAAUAAGGAAUCAUUCAGACAAAUUGCAUUUGCAGGAGGAACAGUUGGGGAUGAGGGACGAGAGAGGACACAGCUGUCCCUAGUUACUGACUUGGGAGAGGUCAAGUCUGAAAUAACUAACAAGUGUAUGUCAGGGAUCUCAGCAGUUAGAAAAACCAAUCUUCUUGGAAUGUGGUCCUGGUAUCUUCCCUGACACAACCCUCUGGCAAAUAGCAAGUCUAGCAACAACUCUGCAAUUCUAAGAGAAUGAUUCAAACAUAAUCAAAACCACAAACUAUUUUUUAAGCCAGCAGUUCUAUUUUUAAGAAUGUAUAUAUUUAUAGUGUACAAAAUGAUGAACACAGAGAUCCAGUGAUGGACUGUUUCUAAAAAUAAAAGAUUGGAAGUUGUCACAAUGACAUCACCAAGAUUCUGUUUUCUAAAUUUGUGAUAUUCACAGAAAAUUCUUAGGCAGACAAAAAUUAAUAGAGAACUUGUGUUAUUAUUUGUGUAGUUAUGUGGGGUAACCCCCAAGUUAUAAGGUAGAAAAAGCAAGGUACAACAUAGUGAAUAUAAUAUGCUACCAUGUAUAUAUAAAAUGGUAAGUACAUAAUUAGUUGUACAUGAAUAAACUUUCUGAAAGGUCAUAAAAAGCUAGCAAGCCUCAUUACCUCAGGAAAGGGGCAGUGGGAAGGUUGGAACUGAGGAGAUAUCUGUGAAUCCUACAUAGCUUUUGAAAAAUUAUUCUGUGUGAAUGUACUGCCUUUCCAAAUAUAAAUAAAACU